UUGUCAAGGGCAAGCGGAGGAACGCAGCGCUCCGUCUUAGUCCGUGCAUCUAUCAGCGACAGCAUCAGCAUAAUCAACGGCGCAGCGGCUGGAAGUAGCAGCAGCAGCAUGGCAGCCGCUGUCGCGCCAUCGUCCGGCUCCGCUGCGGCGGCCCUGCAGACACCGGCCUCGUCGCCGACGCGCGGUUCGAAUCUCACAGGUGCGCCCGGGCGCAGCCUUUCGCUGUCUAGUGUCUCGCACGCUGCCAAGUCGGGCAGCAGCAUCCCGACCGUAGCUGCGAGUGCGAGCGUGAGUGGGAGGAUCUCGUCGAAGUUCUCCGCUCGCCCACGCCGGACGUCCGCAUUGCCCACCUUGAGUGCGUCCAACGGCGCUGCCGCGGCAGCGGGUGAGGUGGCGCCGAACGGAAGCCUGAGCAACAGCAGCAGCAGCAACACAAUCGGCCGCUCGGCGGGCUCGCAGAUCGUGCAGGCCGGCAAGCUGCCUGUGCCGAUUGCCACGCCCCUGAUGGAGGAGGGCAACAACUGCCGUCAGGUGAACGAUGGCGCGUGGCGAAGCGUCGCCUCGGCGCUCCAACGCGCUCAGAGCAAUGCGUCGCUGCAGUCUGCUCAGGCAGUCUUCCCCUCGCAAGACCCAGUACCUGCUUCGACCACGCCCACCAAGAGCGGGCCUUUUGCUAGCUUCCGAAGGCUGAUGCGCGGUUCUUCGAGGGCCAAAUCAAACCCGACACACCCGGCAGCUGCAGGCGUAAGGCAAGUGUCCAAACCUUCAGAGUUCGGCGUGCUCGAAGAGGACACCAACUUUAGCGAUGCCGGCUCGGCCCCUAGCUCCUCGAUCGGCUCGCGCAAACGGACUAAAUCAGAGGGUAAAGCGGGCAUGAUAGCCAGCAGCUUCAAGGCGCGAGAUCCACCCAAGAUACCGUCAUCAUCAUGGAUCGUACGUGCUGCCGGACCCGAAUCGAAGGCACUGCAAAAUGAGUCCGAAGGUUCAGGGGAGAUAGGUGGAGACAAGGCGGCAGCGCUCGAGCACUCAUAUCAAACGCUGGACGCUGCGAUGGAGCGUGUGCAACAAGGUUCUUCCACGUUCGACGGCCUGCCGUUUUCUUCCUCGACCGGGUUGCUCCGGCCGACCAAUAAUGAUGAGCAAACGCGAUCGCCACACUCAGCGGCUUUUGGUUUACCCGCACAGGAUCGCUCACUUACUCUGCAAGCCUUGCAAGCAUCGCCAAAAAGAGCCGGCAGCUUGGGCUUACGGCCUUUGAAUGCUCUUGAUUCGGCCGACGAGGAAAGUCUCCUGACUCAUGACCAUCGAGCGACCUUGAAGCGCCAGCCAAGUUCGUCCUCCGCUUCAUCUUUCCUUGGCAUGGGCCUUGCGAUAGGCGCAGGUCCGAACGGCUCGACGGAAGUACUGGGCAACUACUCAUCCGGUCGGCAGCCAUCUCGCUUACCCGGGUUCGAAGCGGCCCGCUUCAUCUCGUCAAAUGUUCGGCCUGCACAGUCAGAUGGAGCACAGGCCAGCAUCCCAAAAAUGUGGCAGCCCGUGGACACAGCCGACAUAAGGUCAUCCCAUGAAGCCAGAGACGAUGACAUGACUCCCAUCCUUCCGUCUACCAACCUGUGCGGAGGCGUCCAGGGUUCCGUGGCAGAUACCGAGCCCACCGCGUCGUGGCGCACUGCAGUCUCGUCCAUUGUCAGCUCGCCGGACACGGCUUGCGCGGCUGCUGCGGUUGCUCCACUUGCUUCCACUUUUAGCGCCGGAGAGAGAUCUAGUCGGUCUCUGGAACUGCCGCCAAGGUCCAAGGUGGAAGAACCGCCACUACUGGAUGUUUUUUCGAACCUCGAGCGACACUUCCCUUCGACCGUAUCAAGUGAUGCCGACAGCUCCGCAUCGAUGCGGGCUGGUAUCGAGCGCAUCACACGUUCGCCCGCGAUAGCUGCAGGACCUUCUAUGGAGCCCAUGAUGUUCUCUUCCUUCGCCACAGGCCCGCAUGCUAGUGGGCAUGAUAUGGGUGCCACACCCUACGGAUCGAUCAGCUCGACGUCGCAGGCUCGCAAACGAAAUACUUUUGGUGGAGGAAAUGAAUAUUUACCUCGCGCCUACGAGCCGCCUCCAUCGUCCAGCUAUUCCUCCAAUCUGCGCUCGACUCACAAUGACGAGCUGUCCGUGUCGGAGAUCGAGAGUAAUUUGGCCAUCAUUGAAGCUGCUCUCAAUGACAACAGUUUUGAGGGAAGCUUCGAUCCAACCGUCCUUAGGCGUCGACUCGGCUCUCCGGAGCAGUCGUUCAAGGUCAGCUCCGGUCAGUCGAGGGUUGCGACUCUGAACACCAGCUCUCAUACCCUCUCGCCAGAGAGAAUCACACUUCGACCUCAGUCUCACUAUGCCAUCGCACACGCAAUUCGCGAGGUACGGAGGGCAAUCAGCUCGCAGCUUUCUGGACGUAUUGACGAGAGCGCAGAAUCCGAUGUAGGUGCAGUGACCGAUACCGAACCACCAGAGUCGGCCAAGGCUCCUGUCCGACGCAGAGACUUGAGGGAGACAACACCUGCUCGGGCAGCGCGGUACCGACAAGAAUCAAUGCGCGAGGUCGAGGAGACAUACGGCCGGAUGGUGAACCUUGUAACGGCAAGUGCAGGCAUUCAAGGAUCUCCCAUCCCCAUACAAGGCGAGGUAAAUCAAUGGGGAUGCAAUACACGAGCGAUCUCGGUGCUAUCACGAGGUCCGUUGGCGCCUGGUGAAGGUCAUGACCUCAUCGCAAGUCCUCCUUCCAAUGCCACUCAACAGAACACAGCUAGCCAACCCGCUUCUCCAGUCGCCGCAAGGAGGCGGAACACUGCACCUUCCUUUGACGAGAGUGCGAUAGAUCCGGAUAGAUUUGAUCGCUCCCAGGAAGAUAUCGCUGUGCACACAGAGGCUGUCCACUCGCAAGGCAGUCAUGCUGCGCUGAAGCGCAGCUCUGGUGGGAGUGCUUCUAAUAGAGGGACCUCGAGCACGUCGCCCUCUCUGGCAAUCAAGAUGCAAGGCACGCCUCAGUCGUCUCAAGAUCGAGCGGCUGCUGAAAUGCACCAAGCCUGCCAUCCCACAGACCAACGGUCAAGUCAUUCGCAGCCGCGUUCUAGUCCCGAGGCGCGCAGAGCUUCCUUCGAUCGUUUGCAGGCUAUGAUCCACGAGGCGCGCAUUCCAGAGGAGAGCAUCCCUUUGACUCAGACUCGCGCACAAGAGUCUACUGGAAACGCAAUCUUGAGUCAAAACAUAUCCUCGAGCCGCGCCAGCUUCCAGCGUGCUUCACCGGCUCCGCUAACCUUGACUUCUGUGCUCCGACAGUCGUUUGAUAGCGCUGGAGGGCACUCGAGGUUUUCUGCGGAAAGGGGGGCACAGCUUUCGAACCGCUUGAGCAACACAGAGCUAUCCGUGCGCGGUUUUCAUCCGAUCGUCGCUUUAGAUGAUCUCGCGGACGUGCAAACGGUCGGCACCUCCAUUCUAGGAUCACCCCUGUCGUCACACAACCUCACCAUCUUGCAGCGCCGGCAUAACCUCGAAAAGAAUAGUCUUCUCGAUGCGCUCGAGCGAGCCAAAGGGGAAGCGGACCAGUACCGGCAGCAGAACGAGCAAUUGCGCACGGACCUGCACCAAGAAGUCGCUCGGAUGUUGGAGCUGGAAAGAGCAUAUGAGAUGAGCUGUUCACGGGAAGAUGAGAUGCAGAGCAAGGUAGAGAAGCUAGAGGAUCAAUUACGAGCGGAGCACGAGGCGCGCAUUGACCUGCUGGACAAGCUUGAGAGGAUCAGCGCCCUUUGGCCUGGGAACAACGAUGGCGCUGUCGGCGACGACUUUGCGCGGAUGCUGCCAUCCACUGGCCACUCGGCGUCGGGUGUUACUUCUGGCGCUCCUGGUCCGUCGACCGCGCCGUCCUCGGCAGGCGACACUUUUCAGCGCGAUGCCUUGAAGUUGGCAGCAUCUCGCGAGCCCGCGAUCGAAGCAACCGAAGUUAUAUGCGGUAUCGACGAUACUGGGCCUGUCACUCACCAGUUUGAACCGGUAAGCGCACCUACGACUCGAGUACGCGUCUCACGACAUAUUUCGCAUUCGCCCAUCUUGACAACUCGGAUCUCAGACGAUGACAUUCUCAUUUCGUCGGAUACCUCUGAUUACGAUGGCGAUGACGGCCCAGAUCGAUCUUUGCAGCCGAGAGCUGGCAGUCGCUCCGAAGGCAAGGGAAAGGUCGAAGCAAGGGACACGUUGCGGUCCUACCCGUCUGAGCUUGGCUUGCACAUCAAUUCGCAGGAGAUGAGCUGGGGCAAUCUCGUCGAUGAAGCACCGCCUGACGAAACGACCGCGCCGGAUGAUAGCAUCAUGCUUGGUCGCAGGCCGACGCGCUCAGAAAACAGCAGCAUGGGCGCCAAGGAAACGAGCAAGCCCAUCCUUUCUGUUGAGGCUGAUGCUCCAUCAAGUGCCAGUGCGAUUAGCAGCGGUGCAGUUCUUCCUACAGCGAUGCCAGCGCCCGCGGUUGCACCGUCAGCCACUGCGUCGCCGUCCGCACCAAGCAAGCAUCGCUCUCAGCUGCCGCAGCUGGCUGCGCCUAUUCCCACAGCAAGUGUGGUGACUCGCACGGUAUCCUCUAGUUCUGUGACGACUGGAGAGACGCGACGCGUGCCGGGCUCGCUGCCGUCUUCAAGUCAAGGCAGCAUACGAUCUGUUUCGGGCGGGCAGCGCGCAUCUCUCAUUGGGGCGAGCGGCAUUCCCAAGCCUGCGAGCAUUCACAGCAGGAUGGGCUCGGGCGGAGGAGGCAUGCGCAAAGUGUCAAGCGCAACGGCUGCAACGGCCGAUUCGAGCUUCACUGCCCGGUCGAACUCGCCAAUUGGUGGCUUUGUCGCGGAGAGAGGCGGCAAGGGCGGGCAUUACGACGAACGCCGACCCGAGGGCUACAGCGCCGUUGAGGUGCCUGGUGGUCUGAGGGAGAUGUUGGCGGAUGACAGUACGGAGGAAGCGCAUCAUUCAUGACAAGAGAGCACUGGGUCGCUGUGGACUUCUGUACUUUAUUUGCAACAUCUACUCGCACAUUAUGUUGCCCGUCUUGAAUGGAAGGGCUUUUAGUCAUAUCAUGUUUGGAGCUGUGUGGACGC